AUGAAGAGCUUUGCUGACAUAAUCAUCAUUAUCAAUAAGAAUAGAGAAAACCAGAUCUUAGAUCUGCAGCAGAAGAUCAAAUGUUUAUACAGACAGAUAACUAUGUCAAAUCUGAAGAUCUUAUCACAAUUGUUCAUGAUCUCUUCAGAAGUGUACACAUCAUCAGAGACUGCUGUGCAGAAUGAGAAUCUGAGCAUGAAAUACAUCAAGCUGAGAGAUCUGCUGAAGCUAUCAAGCUUCAAUGACAACUGA